AUGGACAAAUUGCACGAGACGUUGAUAAACAUGGAAGACUCUUUGAGUUCGGAGCACUCUGUCUGCUUAUCGUCCUGGGACUGGAAAAACACUGCGGGGACUUUUGAGCUGCACCCUGUCUCGUCUCCGCACAGCUUAUCCCCGACGCCCUCCUUCGAAUCCUACUCCUCGUCCCCUUGCCCGGCAGCGGCAGAGACCCCCUACGGCAGCGGCGGUGGCAGCAGCCUGGUGGGCUACAGCCUGGUGGGCUACAGCCUGGUGGACUUCCCCCCUGCCUACCUGCCCAGCCCCGGGCAGGCUCGGCUGCCCAAGGGCACCAAGGUGCGGAUGUCCGCCCAGCGCAGGAGGAAGGCCAGCGAGAGGGAGAAGCUGCGGAUGAGGACCCUGGCCGACGCGCUCCACACGCUGCGCAACUACCUGCCCCCCAUCUACAGCCAGAGGGGACAGCCCCUCACCAAAAUACAAACCCUGAAGUACACCAUCAAGUACAUCAGCGAACUGACGGAGCUCCUCAACAGCGUCAAGAGGGCAUAG